AUGGCUUCCGCCAACUGCUGGAAGUGCCUCCUGAGGCCUUCCAGCGGCCUCCCUGUCGCCCGCCUAGCAGCUCCGACACCCAUCAUCGCCUUCACCACGGCGCCCUUCUCGACGUCUGCCAUGCUCAGCGCGAAGGGCCCGCCCAAGAAGCUUGCCGCCAAGGACUCUGCCAAGGGCCAUAUCAGGGCCGGGAAGCGCAUGAGGCUGGGCAAGUUCAAGAAGAAGAAGGAGGUCGACCGUGGCAAGCCCCCUGGACCGGGCGAGCGCAAGGCCUUCCGGAAACGCAUACAGCUCAGCAACAACAACGCCCUCGCCGUACCGGACCUGCAGCCUCUGACAAAGGAGGCCAUGGCAGACCGCCAGGCCGCCGGUGCCGUCCUGGCCGUGCCGGAUGCCGCCGUGGACCAGCUGAGAACGCUCGACGCUUUCAAGCCGACCCAGUGCUGGGGUCUCUUCCGGCAGCCGAGCGUGUUGCUGCGAUCCGAGACCGUAGAUCUGGUGCAAAAGAUGCAGCAGGCUGCCGGAAACAAGGAGGCUCUGCGACUGGUAGUGACGGGAGAUCGCAUCUCGGGCAAGAGCAUGCUCAUGCUGCAGGCCAUGGCCAAUGGCCUCCUCAACGACUGGGUGGUCAUCAACAUCCCCGAAGCCCAGGAAUUGACGACGGCGAGCACCGAGUACAGCCCCCUCUCCAACUCCAACCCCGUGCAAUAUCUCCAACCAGUCUACACCUUCAAGCUCCUCCAGGCGAUACGCAACGCCAACGAAAAGGUGCUCUCGUCGCUCAAGACGGUCAAUGAGCACCCGAACCUGCAGAUGCACGUCCCCUCCGGCAGCAGCCUCUUUACCCUGGCCUCCGCCGCCAGGGAGGCCGACCAGGCCUGGGCCGUCUUCCAGGCGCUCUGGGCCGAGCUCACGGAGAAGGACGCCGGCCGGCCCCCCGUCAUGGUGGCCUUGGACGGCCUCGCGCACAUCAUGAAGGUCAGCGACUACCGCAACGCUGCCUUUGAGCCGAUCCACUCGCACGACCUCGCCCUCGUGCGCAUGUACGUCGACCUCCUGACGGGCGCCACCAAGUUGCCCAACGGCGGCGCCGUGCUCGCCGCCACGAGCCGCGGCAACAGCCCCACGACCGCCUCCAUGGAGCUCGCGCUCGCGCGCCGCCAGGCGGCUCAGCAGGGCAAGGAGGUGCCGCCCGCGGACCCCUACUUCAAGGGCUACGACGAGCGGGUCGAGGCCGCGCUGAGCAACGUCGAGGUCAUGGGGCUCCAGGGCGUCAACAAGGCCGAGGCGAGGUCGCUCAUGGAGUACUGGGCCGCCAGCGGCCUGCUGAGGGCCAAGGUGGACGAGAAGGCGGUCACCGGCACGUGGAGCGUCAGCGGCAACGGCGUCGUCGGCGAGAUGGAGAGGGCGGCGCUGCUGAACAUGCGGCUGUGA